AUGCCUCCAAAAAGAUCUAAAACUGGGACUUCAGUGUUGAAGACCAACAAGAAAGCAAAAACCAUUGCAGAGGAGGGAGAGCAGCUGAAGGAGAGUUUGGUUUUAUCUAUAUCGUCUAUCCACAAUUUAUCUCAGGAGAUCACAAGUGAGUCCAAAUACAACAACUUUGUACUUCUACUAGAGCAGCUACAACAAGUGGGGACACAGCUUUUACUGAAGCCCACCGAAAAUUUAGAGUCAGAGUCGUUGGGACGUCAAGUUGCUCUCGUAUUGUACAAAUGCUUCCAAACUUUGGCAAAAGAAGGCAGAUUGACAAUUAGAAAGAACCAAGACCAGAAAGAGAAACUUGUUACAAAAUGGUUGCUUGAUAAAUUGCAAUCUUUCAAAUCAAACAUUGUUCAAAUAUUGACUUACAACUACCAACAUGGACUAUCUUUACAGCUUGAUUUGCUCGAAAUAUACCUCAACUUGCUCAAGAUGGAAAACUUGCAUAUCUUUGUAGACAAACAGUUUCCAGUUGAUAGUUUCACAGGACUCAUAACGGCUUUAUUUGAAAACCAGAAUGGCAAAAUCUUACCUGAUGGGUUGAGUGACAAUUAUUUGAUUCUCGAAUUUGCUGAUACUAUGGCGAGAUACUGGGAUUUGCAAUACUAUUUUUUCCAUGCUCUCUCCGGUUUUCUAGAAACGCAAAAAUUAAGCAAAACUAAAAUGGAGCUUCAAGUAUUUGUAUCCAAAUUUUUGACUAUAAUUAAGGAUGGUCUUCUUUUCAACGAAAAAGGAACGGAACUUGAAAACCAACCAACUUGGAUACCCAAAGACAACCUUCCUUCAGUAGUAUACAAGCAUAAUCAGUUCAAAUCACUGUUUCAAAAAUGCAUAUUGACCAUAUUCUCAUAUCCUUUGCUUCCGUCUCAGUAUAAAGCUACUUUACUAAUAUUGCACAAGAGGAUUAUUCCGUAUAUGGCCAAACCUCAAAGUUUAAUGGAUUUCCUUACCGAUUCAUACGACAUUCAAGAUGAUUUGAUUGUCCCAAUCUUGGCGCUUAACUCCUUGUACGAGCUCAUCAAGACCUACAAUAUCGAAUAUCCAGAUUUUUACACCAAGUUGUAUUCUUUGUUAAAGCCAGAGUUGUUAUACACUCGUUAUAGAUCGAGAUUUUUCAGACUUUGCGACUUGUUUUUAUCUUCAACCCACUUGUCGGCGAGCUUAGUUGCGUCAUUUAUCAAGAAACUUGCUAGAUUAUCACUCACAGCAAGUGCUCCAGGUGUCGUUAUAGUCAUUCCAUUUAUCUACAAUUUGUUGAAGAGACAUCCAACUUGUAUGGUUAUGCUCCACAACACCACGACUAAUGAUGAUAAGGAUGGCUAUAAAGACCCAUUUGAUGCCCUCGAGGCCAACCCUUUAGCUACAAAUGCUAUAAACUCAUCACUUUGGGAAAUGGAGACGUUGAUGAGUCACUACCAUCCAAAUAUCGCUACAUUGGCAAAGAUAUUUGGAGAGCCAUUUAGGAAACCCAGCUAUAACAUGGAGGACUUUUUAGAUUGGAAUUACCAAAGUUUGUUGGAGACUGAGAAGAGCAGGAAGUACAAGAACCAAGCGACGGCUUUGGAAUAUGAGGAAUUCGAUAAUGUUUUGAGCAACAAUGAUAUUGAUGGACAGAAAAGAGUGCUAUUAGAAGGGUGGACGAUUUAG